AAAAUGCCUGGAAUUCCGUUUCCGCUUUAGGGAGUGGACGCUGAUUUUGAGUGUUUUUUUUUUUUUUUUUUGGGUAACUUUACUUUCCGACCAACUUUGAUUUCCACGUCAACUCGGACAGUUCUCCGCUGACUGUCCCGGAUUAACGCGACACUCCGACGAUGGCUUCUUCGCCUCAGAAGUCCCCGUCCUCUCCCAAAUCCCCGACGCCGAAAUCUCCGUCCUCCAGGAAGAAAGACGACUCUUUCCUGGGCAAACUUGGUGGGACUUUGGCGAGAAGGAAAAAGGCUAAAGAAGUGUCCGAGCUUCAGGAGGAGGGAAUCAACGCCAUCAACCUUCCUCUCAGCCCGUCACACUAUGAGCUGGACCCGGAGGACACCAUGCUGGAGGAGAACGAGGUGCGCACCAUGGUGGACCCCAACUCCAAGAACGACCGCAAGCUGCAGGAGCUCAUGAAGGUGCUGAUCGACUGGAUCAACGACGUCCUGGUCGGGGAGAGGAUCAUCGUGAAGGAUCUGGCUGAAGAUCUGUACGAUGGACAAGUUCUGCAGAAGCUGUUUGAAAAGCUGGAAGGCGAGAAGCUGAACGUGGCCGAGGUGACCCAGUCGGAAAUCGCCCAGAAGCAGAAGCUGCAGACGGUUCUGGAGCGAAUCAACGACUCGCUCAAGCUGUCCACCAGGAACAUUCGCUGGAACGUCGACUCGGUCCACGCUAAGAGCAUCGUGGCCAUCCUGCACCUGCUGGUGGCGCUGUCGCAGCACUUCAGAGCCCCCAUCAGGCUGCCGGACCACGUCUCCAUCCAGGUGGUGGUCGUACAGAAAAGAGAAGGAAUCCUUCAGUCCAGACAAGUCCAGGAGGAAAUCACCGGAAACACAGAGGCUUUCUCUGGCAGACACGAGCGCGACGCUUUCGACACCCUGUUCGACCACGCUCCGGACAAGCUCAACGUUGUCAAGAAGACGUUGAUCACUUUUGUGAACAAACACCUGAACAAGCUCAACCUGGAGGUGUCUGAGCUGGACACACAGUUUGCAGACGGCGUUUACCUGGUGCUGCUGAUGGGGCUGCUGGAGGGCUACUUCGUGCCGCUCUACAACUUCUUCCUCACGCCGGAGAACUUCGACCAAAAGGUCCACAACGUGUCCUUCUCCUUUGAGCUGAUGCAGGACGGCGGCCUGGAGAGACCAAAGCCUCGACCUGAGGACAUCGUGAACUGCGACCUGAAGUCCACCCUGCGCGUCCUCUACAACCUCUUCUCCAGGUACAGGAACGUCGACUGAGAGGGAACACUUCAUGAAACAUGGACCACGUGCUAAACGCUAAACCAUACGUGUUAUUUUGCUCCUAUUUGUCGUAAAAAAAACAAACUUUUACCUGAAUGCAUGCGUCACAUUCCACCUGUAAUGAAUCACUUUGGCUUGUUGAUAUACGAUUAAGUCCAACAGACACUAAAAGAGUCACAAUAAAUAAGAGCCAAUAUUGAUAUUUAGUGAACCAGAAA